AUGCCCCCGACCGACGACCCUAACAUUCCUGCCAUUGUAACGACCGACCUUUCACAGGAAGCUUCCCCCCAGCAGCUCACGACUUCUCCUCUUUCUCCAACAAGCGGCUUGCUCUCACCCCACAGUCCGCCAACACAGAGAGGUUCACUCGACAUUCCCAGCUCUCCUACUCACACGGACGAUGGCUCUUCCAUAACCGUGCCACCAUCUCCAACUCUUUCGAAUCGCUCCUCAGUACAUUUCACGCCAAGUACUACGUUGGCUCUCCGAGACAAUAACCCCCAACUACGCAAUCCUUCCAUAUUACUGUCGCCCCUCGAUGGCACCAAGUCUCAUCAGCGUAAAGGGAGCAACGCCACUUUUGCGACGACUGCGACAGACGUCACUGAACCCGACCACUCCCCACGGCCAGAGGAGGAGUUGCGCAAUAUCAAGUCCAAUACGACGAGCGUUACUCAUGUUGGUUCCCGUUCAGCUUCUCGUGCCAAGCGCGAUGCCACCGACUCCGACACAGCUACAACCAUCUCCAAGUCCAAGAAGGGGGCUGAGCACGAAGCUGCUGCGUUAGAGUCAGAUAUCGACCCCACCCCCUUCCGCUACCGGCCAAAUCACCUCGCUAUGAUGCUGGACCCUAAAAAUCUAGAGACAUUAGAGGAAAUGGGUGGAGUCGAUGGUCUCUUGGAAAGUCUUGGCACGAGUCCCGACACAGGCUUACGUGGAGAUUCACUUACCCGAACACAAACGACAGCAUCUGGUCAAGGGCCAGGCGAUGGCAGGCCGGGUGCCGGUGUCGGGGCUUCUCAGCGACAUGAUCCAGAGAAGGGAGCAGAGACGGUUCCGGCUAUCACUCUUACGGACCCUCAAGGAGAAAAGUCGACAGAUUGGGAUUCAACCGCCGCAUUUUCAGCCUCGCUCAAUGAAAGGCGACGUGUUUAUGGCGACAACGUCUUGCCACGACGUAAAACCAAGUCCCUCUUGUCGCUUAUGUAUGCAGCUAUGAAGGACAAAGUUCUGAUCCUACUUUCUAUUGCGGCCGUAGUAUCCCUCGCACUCGGCUUCUUCCAGGACUUUGGCACUCCGCACGAGCCGGGUGAGCCCAAGGUCGAUUGGGUUGAGGGCGUAGCCAUUAUGGUUGCGAUUCUCAUUGUGGUUCUUGUUGGUUCGGUGAACGACUGGCAAAAAGAGCGACAGUUCCAGGCUCUUAAUGACAAGAAGGAGGAACGAGGAGUCAAGGUUCUCCGGAACGGUGUUGAAACAGUCAUUGAUAUCAAGCAAGUCGUCGUUGGAGAUAUUGCCCUUUUGGAACCAGGCGAGAUUGUGCCAUGUGAUGGUGUCUUCAUCAGCGGACACAACGUCAAAUGCGAUGAAUCCGGGGCGACUGGAGAGUCUGAUGCGAUCAAGAAAGUUCCGUACGAAGAAUGUCUUGCACUCCGCUCAACAGACCGCGGCGCCCAUACCGACUGCUUUAUUGUCAGUGGAAGCAAGGUUCUGGAGGGCGUGGGCAAAUACGUUGUCGUCGCUGUGGGCACCAAAAGUUUCAAUGGUCGAAUUAUGAUGGCUUUGCGUGGAGACACUGAUAACACGCCUCUCCAAGUGAAGCUUAAUGCGCUAGCAGAACUCAUCGCCAAACUUGGCAGCGCUGCCGGGCUGAUACUUUUUGUCGCUCUUUUAAUUCGCUUUUUUGUUCAGCUAGGCACUAAUGAUCCCGUGCGAACUCCCAGCCAGAAAGGCAUCGCCUUUGUCAACAUCCUCAUUAUUGCAGUAACGCUGAUCGUUGUCGCCGUUCCUGAAGGUCUGCCCCUGGCCGUCACUUUGGCUUUGGCAUUCGCGACCAAGCGUAUGACGCAGGAGAAGCUUCUCGUUCGAAUUCUAGGAUCAUGCGAGACCAUGGCCAAUGCGUCUGUUGUCUGUACCGACAAAACAGGGACGUUGACACAAAACUCGAUGACUGUCGUUGCUGGCUCUGUGGGUAUCCACGCCAAAUUUGUCCAGCACCUGGAAAACAACGAGUCUCGCACGAAUGUGGAGGAAGGUGGUUCCCGGAAACACGGGCAGGAUUUUUCUCUUGAUCAAACACAACUCAACUCGGCUCUAUCUCCCCAACUACGCGAACUCUUCAACGAGGGCAUCGCUGUCAAUUCCACUGCGUUUCAAGACACCAAUCCCGAAACAGGCGAGCCGAUGUUUGUUGGUAGCAAGACGGAAACUGCGUUGUUGAAGUUCGCCCAGGAGCUCGGGUGGCGCGACUUCCGUCAAACUCGUGAGGCUGCGGCGAUUAUGCAGAUGAUACCGUUCUCGAGUGAACGCAAGGCGAUGGGUGUCGUGGUCAAGACUCCUCAAGGGAAAUAUCGUCUCUACCUCAAGGGCGCCAGCGAGAUUCUCUCGAAGAAGUGUGUCUCUCACGUUGUGGUGCACAAGCCGGAUUCGGGUACCCAGAGUCAAGGUGACGAGAUCGAAACAGCGCCAAUCGACGACCUGGCCAACGACAACAUCUCGCGGACGACCAUAUUUUAUGCCAAUCAGAUGCUUCGGACUAUUGCGCUGUGUUAUAGAGAUUUGGAUUCGUGGCCGCCCAGCAACAAAACUCAAAAUGACCAGAAUGAGGUUGCGUACGAAGAUCUAGCCCACGACUUAACUCUCAUUGGUAUUGUCGGAAUCGAGGACCCAUUGCGCCCUGGUGUGGUUGAAGCAGUCAAGAAAUGCCAAACCGCUGGUGUUACCAUCAAGAUGUGCACGGGAGACAAUGUCCUGACCGCUCGCUCGAUCGCAACCCAAUGUGGCAUUUUCUCUCCGGGUGGUGUCAUCAUGGAAGGCCCUGUUUUCCGCGACCUCAGCCCAGCCGAGAAGAUGGAAAUUGUACCCCGUCUUCAAGUUUUGGCUCGUUCGUCACCAGAAGACAAACGUAUCUUGGUUGAAACGCUGCGGAACAUUGGCGAAAUUGUCGGUGUUACUGGAGAUGGCACUAAUGAUGGUCCAGCACUCAAGACGGCCAACGUUGGUUUCUCUAUGGGUAUCGCAGGCACAGAAGUGGCGAAGGAAGCGUCGGACAUCAUUCUUAUGGACGAUAACUUUGCCUCUAUUGUCAAGGCCAUCAUCUGGGGUCGUUGUGUAAAUGACGCAGUGCGCAAGUUCUUGCAAUUCCAGAUCUCGACCAACGUUACCGCUGUUGUUAUCACAUUCGUGACUGCCGUUGCUUCGGCUGAGGAGUCUUCCGUCUUGUCUGCAGUACAACUGCUUUGGAUUAACAUCAUCAUGGACACCUUCGCCGCCCUUGCCCUUGCAACCGAUCCCGCCACCGAAUCGCUUCUUGACCGAAAACCAGACAAGAAAACUGCGCCGUUAUUCUCGACGGAGAUGUACAAGCAGAUAAUGUUCCAGUCCCUCUAUCAGAUUACGAUAACCCUGAUCUUCCACUUCCUCGGCCACCAAAUCCUUGGUCUAUCGUCUGGCAGCAAAAACGACAGGAUUGUCCAGACUUUAGUCUUCAACGCCUUCGUAUUUGCACAGAUUUUCAACUCCGUCAACUGCAGGCGUUUGGACCGCAAGCUCAACAUUUUCGAGGGCAUUCUCAAUAAUUGGUACUUCAUUUGUAUCACGUUAAUCGAAAUCGCUGCUCAGAUCAUCAUCGUAUUCGUUGGAGGAGCGGCUUUCUCUGUCACGGAAAUCGGCGGUCGUGAAUGGGGCAUCUCUCUCGCUUUGGGGGUGGUUUCCAUCCCUCUCGGCGCUCUCAUCCGCCUUAUGCCCAGCGAGCCUUUUGAAAGGUUAUUCAAAGCCGUAGGACUGCUGGGGAAACCAGAAGUACUGCCAACUACAGCCCCGAACCCUGACAAUGUCGGUUGGACAGCCAUUACUCGCGUUCGCGACAAUCUGAACACGUUUGCCAAUGUGCGGGGAGGUCGUGUCCGGUCAUCAUCGUUUGUCAUCAAGAGUCGAACAGCAAGGUUAAGUCAAGAGCAAGACAGACCAGUCUCGCUCUUGGCUAUGGCUCCCACUCUCAUGAUGGGUACUAUCGCAGCUAGCCAUGCUUGGACGCAGCCCCAGUCACUUUCUGAUCCAACGCAAGACGACCCAUCGCGAUCCUCCGCAGCUCUCUGGGAAGGAAAACUCCAACUACAUCCAGGAACCUCACAUGACGACCCAUUAUUCCAACGGUUUGGAGGCAAUCAAAGUAACGUAUAA